AUGGAUUACGGUACUGGAGCAAUCUUUGGUUGUCCUGCGCACGAUGAAAGAGAUCACAAAUUAGCUCUUUCAAUGAACUUAGCUAUUAAACAGGUAAUAGAAAAUAAAAAUAUUGCAAUUGAUGUAAAUUGUGCUGCCUAUGUUGAUGCAAGACAAAAAUCUAUAGAAGAACUUGAAAAAAGAUCUUUAGGAAAACGUACUACUAAUUAUAGGUUAAAAGAUUGGGGUGUAUCAAGACAAAGAUUUUGGGGUUGCCCUAUCCCAAUAAUUUAUUGUAAUAUAUGUGGUGCUGUACCAGUACCAGAAGAUAAUUUACCUAUUAUUCUACCUAAAGAUGUUAUAUUUGAUGGACACGGUAACCCACUUGACGCUCAUCCUAAUUGGAAACAUACUAACUGCCCUAAAUGUCAUGAAAAUGCUAUUCGUGAAACUGAUACUUUUGAUACUUUCUUUGAAUCUUCUUGGUAUUUUACACGUUAUUGUGAUGUAUCAGCAAAGGAAAUGACUAAUAAAGAAUCUUGUGAUUAUUGGUUACCAGUAGAUCAAUAUAUUGGUGGUAUUGAACAUGCUGUAAUGCAUCUUCUUUACGCAAGAUUUUUUACUAAACUAAUGAAUGAGCAAAAAAUUAUUUCUAUUCGUGAACCUUUCAUUAAUCUCUUAAAUCAAGGCAUGGUAUUACAUGCUACUUAUAAAGACUCAAAUAAUCAGUUUUUAUAUCCUGAUGAAGUAGUUAAACAAGGAGACAAGUUAGUUCAUAAGGAAAGUGGCUUAGAGGUAACUAAAGGACGAAUUGAAAAAAUGAAUAGUCCCCCUGAAAAAGACUUAGAAUGGUCGGCAAGUGGUAUAGAAGGUUGUUCACGUUUUAUUGCUAAGUUACAAAAUAUGUUAAAAGUAAUAGCCAUGUAUAAUAAUCAAACAACUAUUAUACAAAAAGAUUCAAAAAUUAAUCUACAGCUAAAUUCACAAAGCUUCAGACAAGAUGAAUUUGAGACUACACCUUGCGCAAGCGUACAAAUAGUACGUGAGCAAAGGCGAAUGGCAAAAAAUUCGCUUGUAUCAAGCUUUGUGAAUGACGCUGUACCAGAUCAAAAACAACUAUUAAAGCUUAUUCACUCUACUAUUAAAUAUGUUGCUGAAGAUAUAGUUUCUUUUAAGUUAAAUAAAGCAAUAGCUAGAAUGCGUGAAUUAUUUAAUAAUUUAUCAGACAAAUUAUCAGAAAAUAACAUACUAGACAUAGAAUUAAUAAAAGAGGGUUUCUCUAUUUUAAUUAGAUUACUUAAUCCCUUUAUUCCACAUAUUACUGAAGAAAUUUGGCAAAGAUUAGGUAAUACAGAAAGAUUAUAUAAAAUGCCUUUUCCAACCUUUGACAAAUCCUUAUUAAUAGCACAAUCUUAUAUUAUUGCUAUUCAGAUAAACGGUAAAUUAAAAGAAACUCAUGAAUUUGAUAUUGCUAUAAGUAAUGAAGAGAUCAAAAAAAUUGCUAUUAACUUACCUAAAAUCCAAAAAUAUAUAGAAGGAAAGGAAGCAAAAAAAAUUAUCCUUAUACCACAAAAAGCUUACUAA